CCACUUGUAUUCGGAAAACUCCGAAGUUCUUUUGGCACUAACUAUAGUAUUAAAAGCAUAGUACACUGAUGUUUGUGAAGGUGAUGCGUUUGGCCAAAUGAACAUGUUGCUUUACAUGGUAAUUUGUAAAGCAUGUAGUAAAUAAUGAUAAUUAACCUUGUUACUCCAGAAAAUACUUGUCAUUUUGUUUAUAACCGGUGGUUUUUGUUUAACUGACUUGGGUUUUAGUUUUUAGCCUGUGCUGGCCUGGAAUUGACUAUGUGGCCUGGGCUGACCUGGAACUUGAGGCCUUGUGGCUCUGUCCCCCAAGUGCUGAUGUUAUAAAUGAGCGGGCACACCCAGCAGGAGAUUUCAUGGUUAUUGCUGUCCUGGGUGUUUUCCAUUAUCAGUCUUAUUUUGAUCUUAAUAAACUUGUCUUUGCAUAAAUAUGUCCUGAAAAUUAUUAAUAGCAAAUCCAGGAUUGAGGGAGGCGUGUUUUCUGUAAAUCGAGUGGCCACCACCCUGCUCUUUUUAUCUAUCAGUUGACAGCAGGUUUGGAACUGGGAGUUGGGCUGUCCAUACUUUUUUAUGUUUCAUAUUUAUAAGGUUACUUUAGAAAAUGCAAGGAAAGCUCAAAUCAUAAUACUCAGUUGUUACUGGCUUUGGAUAAUGGUCUAACAAAGUUCCUUGGACUUGGCCAUCUUUAGAGACCCCUUCCACUGGCUGCGGAGCCCUGCUGGUUCACAGUUCUAAGUAUUCAUCUUGAGAACUUUCUCAAAACCAAGACUGUUCACAGAGAACUUAACUUUCAAAGACUUGCUUUGAUUGGUCGGCUGUAGGCUUUUUUUUGAGACACAGCUCUGGUUUUAAAAUGUACACAAAGCCCUGUGGAGUCUUGAGGCAGUUUCUGAGUUGGCAGCUGGGUCGCUUGGCCUGGCUCUGAUUCCUGGAAAAUGGGCUAAAGCUGGGUCAGGUGACGUUGCAGAGCCAGUUAGAGACAGAAGUUUGCCUCUUGGUGUCCAGCCGCCAGGAUUGGCCGGCCGUGGGGGUGGAGCAGGCAGAGGCCAAGGAGACCUGCCAUGGCUGCAGCUGCACGCGCUCGGGUCACACACUUGCUGAGGCACCUGCAAAGCACAGCAUGCCAGUGCCCAACACAUUCUCAUACUUACUCCCAAGCCCCCGGACUCUCACCUUCUGGAAAAACGACAGAAUAUGCAUUUGAGAUGGCUGUUUCAAACAUUAGAUAUGGAGCAGGGGUUACGAAGGAAGUGGGCAUGGAUCUGCAGAAUAUGGGAGCUAAGAAUGUUUGCUUGAUGACAGACAAGAACCUCUCCCAGCUCCCUCCUGUACAAAUAGUUAUGGAUUCCCUAGUGAAGAAUGGCAUCAGCUUUCAGGUUUAUGAUGACGUGAGGGUGGAGCCCACAGAUAGAAGCUUCAUGGAUGCGAUUGAAUUUGCCAAAAAGGGAGCCUUUGAUGCCUAUGUGGCUGUGGGUGGGGGCUCCACCAUGGACACCUGUAAAGCUGCCAAUCUGUAUGCGUGCAGCCCCGACUCUGAGUUCCUGGAUUACGUCAACGCCCCCAUUGGGAAGGGGAAGCCGGUGACUGUACCUCUGAAACCUCUGAUUGCAGUUCCAACUACCUCAGGAACUGGCAGCGAGACUACAGGGGUUGCCAUUUUUGACUAUGAACAGUUGAAAGUAAAAACUGGUAUUGCUUCACGCGCCAUCAAACCCACCCUGGGACUAGUGGAUCCCCUGCACACUCUCCACAUGCCUUGCCAAGUGGUUGCCAACAGUGGCUUUGAUGUCCUUUGCCAUGCUCUGGAGUCGUACACCGCCAUUCCCUAUAACAUGCGGAGCCCCUGCCCUGCCAACCCCAUCCAACGACCAGCCUACCAGGGCAGCAACCCAAUCAGUGACAUCUGGGCAGUCCACGCACUGCGGAUUGUUGCCAAGUAUCUGAAGAGGGCUGUCAGGAAUCCUGAUGAUCUGGAAGCAAGGUCUAGUAUGCACUUGGCAAGCGCUUUCGCUGGCAUCGGCUUUGGAAAUGCUGGUGUUCAUCUGUGCCAUGGCAUGUCUUACCCGAUUUCAGGUUUAGUGAAGACAUAUAAAGCCAAGGAAUACAACGUGGAUCACCCUCUGGUGCCCCACGGCCUCUCUGUGGUGCUCACAUCUCCAGCAGUGUUCACCUUCACAGCUCAGAUGUUUCCAGAGCGGCACCUGGAGACAGCAGAGAUAUUAGGAGCGGAUAUCCGCACUGCCAGGACCCAAGAUGCCGGGCCUGUGUUGGCAGACACCCUCCGACAAUUCCUGUUCGAUCUAAAUGUGGAUGACGGUCUCUCUGCCCUCGGUUACUCCAAGAAUGACAUCCCUUCCCUGGUGAAAGGGACGCUGCCCCAGAUGGAGGCCAUGCUACAUAGCCCAGAGAGUCUUGAACUGGAUGAUUCAGCAAUCAUUCUGUCUCAAGAUCACUUAUUUUAGUGCUCCUGGAAGCAUGGUAAUGCACAGUGAUUGUCCCAGCUACUGAGGAGGCUGAAGCAGAAGGAUCACUUGAGUUCAGGAGUUCAAGAACAGCCUAGGCAACAUAUUGAAGGACCAUCUCAAAAUAAUAUUAAUAAAAACAACAAUAAUCCAUUUGUCUUAAAAGUCAGGGAGAAUACAGCCCCGUGACAAGUCAGAAUACCCACUUCAAUUGGCUUGCCUAAUGUAACAGUUUUGAAAAUCAACCAGCUUCUCCACAAGAAGAAAUCCAUGCCUGGUACCAUAAACCUAGUCAGAAGCCGAUGGCUGGAGGAACGAUAGGCCCCGGAAGAGACGCUGCUACCAUUUGUUUUGCUAAAUGCAAGUGACCAAGCUGCAUUCUAAAUAUUUGUCUUUAUUCUUAUAGAUUAGUGCUGGGCUCAAUCAUGAUCAGAGAAGCUUCUUUUUGCAGUGGGCAGCAGUCAUCAAUAAAGAGACUCACAAAUGGUCCAAGUGUGGAGAAUAAACGGCUAUUGAGUGCUCAGCCCUGAACUGGACAUCUGCGUCAACUGUUCUGCCCACACUCCCUCAAGACUCAGGAAACAUUGAAGAAAAGGGGGCAGAAAGAGUGUAAGAGCCGGAGUUGGGGAGGGGUGCUGUGAGGCGCCAUCACCCUCAUGAACUCACAGCAGCCCUGGUGACCAGUGCAAGAUCAAGCCAGUCAACAUUCUAGCGUGGGUGGGGGAGGGACUUAAGAGGACCCGUCCCUAUCUAAGGAGCAAUCGCAAUAGAUGGCUGUUGAGGGAAGGGGAGCUCUUGUGGGGGAAGAGGAGGAUGUGAUAUGUGGCUGCUGGUAGGUUGCACAUGCCCCGUGACCAGCCACACACCUAUGCACAUACAGGCAGCAAUGACUGGACUCAGAGGCUCACAAAAUAUAUAAAAUAAAAGAAUGAAACAGGACAUGAAAGUGGGGAGAGUCAGAGAGAGGACUGGGUUGGAUAUACUCAAAAUACAUUGUAUACUUUUAUGAAAUUGUUCAAGAAUAAAUUUUAAAAUAGCCAGUAAGCUUUAAAUCUCAGUAAACAAUAACAAAUUUUUAGUGUAAAUGACCUAUGCAAUAUUUAGAGGCAUACUUACGGUUUUUAAAACCCUAUUGGUUAUUUUUGUAAAGUGAGAUUGACCUGAGUACCCCUGGCUGACCAGACUCUCCAAGCACCUGCUGUGUGAUCGUGUGUCUUCUUCAUGCCCAAAAGAGCAUCACUUUGCCUAUGAAAGACUGAAGCCUCUCUUUCUCUCAGAGGAACCGAAAGGAGACUAUCACACCUGCUCACAUUAUAAAUGCAUUUCACAAAGUUAGCCAAUAAAGAAGCUGAGGGCCCGCAGCAUGGCUGUAACUCACCCAAGUUAGUCAGUCAGUCAGUCAGUCAGUCAGUCAGUCUCUCUCUCUCUCUCUAAUGGUGAGUACACCUUGCCAGGUUGUUGGGCUCAUAUCUAAAGUGUCUGGUCACCAGCAUAUCACCAUGUCUGGAUGCGAUGGGAUUUGAUGCAUGUGGGAUAAGUAGAUGGGUACUAUUCAGCACAAGCCAGAAAGUGACACACAGGUCACCAUUCAGCCUGGAAGCUGCCAUCUCUGCUCAGUCACAGAAUCGGUGCCCUCUACUUCUAAAGCCACAUAUCCACGGGAACAACUACAGAACUUUGGAAUCAGAAGGAUGUGUCCAGGCAUCUGGAAAUGUACCAAGAGGUAUCUGCAGCCAGGGACUGUUGAACCACAGGUUCAAUCUUGGAGGAGGGCUCUGUCAGCACUACCGCACUUCACUCUGAGUACCAGAGGCUUUCUGACUUUGUGAGGAAGAGUGUCCCCUGGAGAGCUUAUUCAGGCAAACCACUGGCCUCCACCAAACCAGAGUUUCUGGUUGGCAGGCAGGAGGGAUCUGAGAAAUUUGCAUGUCUAACAAGCUCCCCAGAGAUGUUGCUGCUUCUGUGUGGGGACGAUUUGAAAGCCACUGUGGCACAUCCAGAACUCUCAACCCUAGCACAUUUUAGUGGUCAGAACAUUUUCAAAUAUAUCUCUUGAUUAUAGAUAACUGGAUUGAUUUUUGCAUAUGCAUCUUUUUUAUAAUUGGUUUUAAAUAGUUAGGAGGAGCACCUGGCCUCCUCUCAAUUUUAGUGCACUUGGGUUAUGAACUCUUUUAAUGCUUCAUGUGCUGGAGCACACCUUUAACCAGCACUCAGGAAGCAGAGGCAGGUAGGUUCCUGUGAGCUUGAGGCCAGCCUGGUCUACACAGUGAGUUCCAGGCCAAGUAGACCCUAGAUAGAUAGAUAGAUAGAUGGAUAGAUAGAUAGAUAGAUAGAUAGAUAGAUAGAUAGAUAGAUAGAUAGAUAAGUAGGUAGAUAGAUUGAUAGAUAGAUAGAUAGAUGAAUAGAUAGAUAGAUAGAUAGAUAGAUAGAUAGAUAGAUAGAUAGAUAGAUAGACAGAUGAAUCGAUCUCUCCUUUUUUCCCUGGGACCAGCACUACCCCACAUUAGACCAUUGGAACCAGAAUCUGCAUUUUAGGAUGUGCUCCAGGUGGUUCAGACACCUGCUAGAGUCUCAACCCAGCCUCGGUUUCACCCUAAAUGCUGUUUCAUCAGAGAGGGUUUCUCAGAGCUAGAUCUCUGGAGCUCUUAGAUUAAAGAGAGAAAGAGGGGGACUACACCAUGAAGUGUCUCCCAUUUCCCAAUGGAUAGCAAGCAUUUCUCAGAGCGUGAAAGAAAGAAAACCUUCCCCUAAUAUGACUGCCUUGGAGUAACUACAGAGAUCAAAUGCAUUUAUUUAAAAAAAAAAGUCACUGAGGGAGCACCCUGUGUAAUCAUGGAGGAAAGCUCAGUGGUGACUCCCAGGUCUUAGGGGGAGAGGUUGUACUCAGGCCGGAGCAGGUCUAACUGUGUAGCUUCAUACUGGGCAGGGGUUGACACUAAUAUUCAUAGGUGUGGUGUAUGCUUGCUCUUUCUAAAAUGGCUCAGCCUUUCAUCACUCCAAGGAUUGUAAAAUACCAAGCCCAGGAAGAUCCUAGAUUCUGGGCUCUAAGCACAGAGGCCAAACAGGGCCAUCUAAAAAGAUGCUUCUACAAGAUACACUGUGUAGUGGUUUCCUUUUUAAUAGAAGUGUGUGUGUGUGUAUGGAUACACACAUGUGCAGCCAGAGGAUGACCUCGCAUCACCCUCUGCAACGCCAUUGGCUUCCUGUGAGACAGGAUCUCCCUCUUGCCCAGAGCUAACAGAUUAGGCAGUUCAGGAAUCUUCCUGUUUGUACCGCCACAGGGCUGGCAUUUUGAGUCUUUACCACAGCUGGCUUUUUGUAAGCACCCUGGGAUCAAACGUGGGUCUCCAGGGCAGCACAGCAGGCACCUUAAGGAGGAGCCAUCUCCCCUGUGGCUUGUUCCAAACUUUUAAAAGUGGAAAUAAGCUAUGGAAAGGGAUGCAUGAAUUCUUCGAAUUCAGAGGUCUCCUCAUAAAGGACGGGGAUUAUCUAUGUUGACGGCUGUGCAUAUAGAAUGACUCCAUUUCUGUUUUUAAAAAGUCACAAUAUAGACUUACAAAUACGCAUAAAAAUCUGCUAAUAUACCCACCAAUAUAUACAGAGAACACUCUUAGGAAGUGAAACUAUGUCACAGGAAGCAGGUUUUGAUUUUUCCGUAGACCCAUCUACAGUGUUUGUAUUUGAUAUAGCAAUCACAUGUUACUCUUAUUAGUUAAAAAUACCUCAAACAAAUAAAAAUUAUUUCUUCAGAACUGUUUUCUGAGUGUGUUUCCUACAUCAGCCCAUUUAGUUACAUAUUUCAGGCUCAUUAAUUAAAUAUAACACAAUAUACUCUAAUUGAUUAAGCUUGGCCUUUCUUGGAUAAAAAUUGAAUCCAAUUUCCAUCCCCUGGAAUUAGAUCUAGUAUAAUCCCCCCACACCAAGUUCUUAAUGUUUAAAGAUUCAGUGUGUGUGUGUGUGUGUGUAAGUGCAUAUGUGCAUGCAGGUGCCCUCAGAGGUGAAAAGAAGGCAUCAGAUCCCCUGGAGCUAGCUGGAGACACCUGAUGUACGCUGGCACCUGAACUCUAGUCCUCUGUAAGAGCAGCACACACCAUUAAUCACCAGCCAUUGAGCGAUGUCUCCAACCUCAAGCUCUCAAUUUUAAUUAAUGAUGGGUCCGCAGGUCUUCAUCUGUGCAUUUUAGUGCCUGCAUUUUAAUAUUGCUACUUAUUAAGCUUAUGGUUUAUUAAAACCUCAGAUUUCUUAUUAAUAAAUUUCUACUAAAUCAGGAUUGGCUAUUUUUAGAAAUCCAAGGCCAGAUGUUUAUGUUUCUUUUUGCUAAAUUCCAUCUAGUGCAUUCUAGUCAACCAUUCAAGUUUGUUAAUGUAAUUCUGCACCUUUUACUCUAUCCCAGUGGAUGCCCCUCUAAGUUUGACAGCAUCUGAAAUUUAAUCACUGUAAAGGUCAUAAAAUGCACACACAAUACAUACCAACAAGUCUUUUGAACAGUCAACUUUUCGGUUGAAAAUGACUGAAACCUGCUUAUUCUUACAUCAAAGGAAAGCUGGCAUAUGAAGACUGAGUAUCUUACCAAGCCCAAGAGAAAGACACUGGGUCCAGAGGCAGCAAGAAACAGGCGGUGGUUUCCGUCUUACCUCUGCUUCUUUAUGCUCCACCUCAGAUUCCCCCACCCCCAACACACAUUGCCUCACUCCUAGCUGCCUCCUACACUGGCCCUGAAGUGAGUGCGGGCAUGACCACACACACAUGGGCCUUGAUGUAAACUAAAACUCUUGACUCGAUAUUUAUAUUUAGAGCCCAGGCCCCUUCCAGUCUGCCUUUACUAUUAUUUUAUUGUUGUUGUUGUUGUUGUGUGAGAGAGAUUGUGUAGAUGCAUGUGUCCAUGUGGAGGUCUCCUUUCCCUGUGAGAUCCGGGGCUUGACCUCAGGUCCUCAGACUUGCACAACAAGCAUUGUUCCCACUGCAUCAUCAUGACGGCCCCAUCUCAGUUUCUUGCAUUUUGCUGUGUCUUUGAGACAAGGUCUGGCUAUGCUGCUCAUUCUGGCCUUGAACUCUUUAUCUUACCCACGCUCUAAUCCUCUUGCCCCAGCCUCUACUGUUGGGAUUGGGAUUUACAGGCCCAGAUCAUACCUUUCUUCUGAUCCCAGACCAAGGCCCCAUUACAGUUACUCAGGAGGCAGCAGGUAGGAUUAGCCAUCCACCUUGGCUCAAUCAAAUGUGGCCACAGAGGCAAGAGCAGGCUGAGCAAACAUGGCUACCCAGAGGCACCCUCGAUGAGAGCUGCAAUUCUCAGAGAAAGAGCUGGGGUGCUGAAAACCACCUAGGGAACAGAUGCUUCCAAUGUGUGCAGAAUGGAAAUAUCAGCGGACAUAACUCCAUGUCUAAAUGUGAUGAACUAGGUCCACCCAAGGUCAAAGAAGGACGAGUCUUAAGACCAAAGAAUAGAACACAAAGGGGCUGGAGAGAUGGUUCAGUGGUUAAGAGCACCGACUGCUCUUCUAGAGGACCUGGGUUUGAUUCCCAGUACCCACGUGGUGAUUCACAACCUUCUGUAACUCCAGUUCAGGGGAUCUGAUGUCCAAUGCAGUCAAAACACUCAUGCACAUUAAAUAAAUAAAAUUUUAAAAAUAGAACAUGGUUGUGCAUACCUGUAAUCCCUACACUGGGCUGACUAUGGGUUCAGGACCAACCUGGGCUAUAGCAUGAGAUACACACACACACACACACACACACACACACACACACACACACAUACUCACACACACAGAGAGAGAGAGAGAGAGAGAGAGAGAGAGAGAGAGAGAAUGAGAAUUUGAGGAGUUAGUACAUUAACUUUUCAAUCAAUUUAGGAUUAAAUCCUAUUUUUGACACAAAUUAGCUAUUUUAAUCACCAGAAAAGCUAAAGUCUAUUUACUUCAGUUUCUCAAGAAUACCAUGGUAAAUAAUAAAUAGCUAGUGCUAUUGGUUAGUGAUGCAUGUGCAGAGAGAUCAUACGGCAAACUGCCUGGCUUGUAACAAAUAUCUAAUAGGGCAGCUGUCAUCGUUAAUACCAUUAUAUCCCAUCAGUACUGUGAAGUAAACACAAAAAAAGGAUUGUGAAGUUACCGCAUAAUAGCAGGUAGUGGGAUUGGAUAAAAAUGUAUAUGCUCCCAUAUGUUUAUGAAAUGUAUAUCAACCAUGACAUUUGAUUGUAUAUGUGUGUGUGUAUAUAUAUAUAUAUACACACAUAUACAUAUACAUUAUAUAUAUAUAUGGGGGAAUAUAGCAUAUUCUUAACAAAAAAAGGAUUGUGAAGUUACAGCAUAAUAACAGGUAGUGGGACUGGAUAAAAAUGUAUAUGCUCCCAUAUGCUUAUGAAAUGUAUAUCAACCAUGACAUUUGUUUGUAUAUAUAUAUGGGGGAAAUAUAGUAUAGUCUUAGGAUAUAUAACAUAGAAGAUGAGGUAAUAAGUACAUCCGAAUACAGAUCAUAAAAAUAUGGCUAUCCUAUCAAUGGGUUCUUGAGUGUGUGUACUGCCUGUUGCCUGGCUGUGCACACCUGUGGGGUUGUACAAAGAAACACUAACCGCUCACCUCCUUGUCAUAAUGGAUUGAAGCAAAUAUGUGGUGGAAAAACAGUCCUUUUGUUUAAAAUAGAAACUUUGAAGGGAGCCAAAUUAACACAUGACAAACGAAGAUCCAGUUCCCCUGGAGGGGAAGAAAAAAAAAAAAAAAAACAGUCCUUCCUUUCUGGAAUGAGACCCGGGCAUGACUGAUAGCAAAAUUGACGUUUCCUCUUGGGUGAAAUCCUCCAGCCAAGCUGGGCGCUAACCGAGUAGGCGAUUUCACUUCGUCACUUCACAAAAGACUUCCAAAUUCACUGCAGCAGACACUGCAAAAUAAAAAUGUUAAGUACAUCCUAGCUGGGGGGAGACGGAAGCCUUCGUGUUCAAUCAAAGGUUUGCAAUAAUAGGAUUCAUUUAAAAGAAAAAAAAAAGACAGAUGGGA